AUGGCACGCGCAAGCCAUGAAGACAUUCCUACUGCAACCAAGAUGGCCAUGCAAGUUGAGUUGAGGACAACCGCCCAGUACAACACGCUUCCACAUGGCACGUUGACGCGCCUUGCGACCAAGGUCCGCAACGAGGACGUGUUGGACGCUGUUGCCGGUGUGGACAUCCAAUUGCGCCGGACGAUCCGAAGCACUGCGCACCACGCGUUGAUAUCAAAAUCCACACUGAACCGCCGCCUACAAGAGGUCGUACUUGACCUCAAGCCGGCCCUCACCCCGGAACACAUGAGCUCUCGGGUGGCGUUUUGUCUCUCAAACGUAAUUCAGAACGACGCCAGUCCGUCUGUUUUUCGCGAAUUUGAUGAUUUCAUACACGUCGACGAGAAAUGGUUUUGA